UAGUAGGAGUUCGCUUUCUGCAAUCGAAAAGUUUGCAAUUGACGAGGAGAAGGGGAUUUUUGUUGUCUAAAUUGGAAAAAAGAGGGAAAACGGAUUCGAGGUCCUAAAACUCGGCUUGUUAUAAUUGCGUGUUGGAUAUGAUGGCUUGCCAGACGCGUUAUAAUUAUGGUAUCCUAUGGGUUAUUGUGCUGCUUUCAAACAACAUCGAGUCAUUUAGUUGGUUUUUCUCCAGUGGAAAGAUUAAUUCUAUUGAGAAACCUUCAGAACUGCCCGAUGCUUCUCAUGAUAUCGUUGCUGAUUUCUCCAUGGAAUCCUUUAAUAGCAAGAAGGGAAUGACAUUGGUCGAAAAAGCUAGGAGAAAGGCUGCUUUGACUAAUUCUUGUUGGCAAAAUGCAUAUCAAAAUCUAUUUGCAGGAUGCUCAGAGAUUCUAGCGGAGGAAGAUCAGCGGUCUAGGCUGGCUUGGCAUCUUAGUGAUUGUUUUCAGAAGGAAACUGGGAGGUCUCCUUUUCCGUAUUGUGAUGUGAAAACUACCAUGAGAAAUUGUCUCUCAAGAUUAGAUCAGGAUGCUCAUAGGAUUUAUCUGGAGUUCUAUCUUGAGACCAACUCCAUUUGUCAUCAGUUACAGACUGAUGCUUUCAAGAGACAAACAGAAAGAUUGGUGAAUGAACUGAAACGGUCUGCUGAAUCUGCAGAGGAUAAGUUAGAGAAUAUUGAAGAGCAAGCUGAACGUUUGUUGCAUAGUUCAGAUCAUAUUCACGACUCUUUGGCUUCUAUUGAUGUUCAAACUCAACAAGUGGCUCAAACAUCAAAAAACGUUGAAGAACGUGUUAGUAUUGUGUUAGAGCAUUCACAAACAGUCUAUGAACAAUCUUUAAGAAUAGCAGAUUCUCAAUUGGAGCUGCGUGAUGGACAAAUAAAGAUGAAUGAAAGGCUGGAUGAAGGGAUGUCAAUGCUUAAUGAAUCUGCGAAUAAGCUGGGCGAAGAAAUGAACAAUUUAAGGAAUGAAGCUGUUGAAAUAGAAAAAGAGAUUGGUAAAGUCGGAGAUGCAAUGUUUAUGAAGAUGGAUACUUUACAAAUCAAAGCUGAUGAUAUUGAGAACAUAGCAGAAACUUCAUUAGACAAGCAAAAGCAACUUCUUGACAGCCAGACUGCUGCCCUUGAGGCUCUCCACACCAUGACAAGUUUUCAGUCUGAGGCACUAGAAGAGAGCAGAGGAACUCUGCAACGGUUGAUUGAGCUUGGUCAUAAUCAACAACAGGAACUCAUACAAAGGCAAGAACAACUUAAACAAGCUCAUGAUCAUCUAGUUGAGAAUUCAAAAACUAUAUUGGCUGCUCAGGAACUUUUCGAGUCAAAGCAAGCAAGCAUGUUUCUUGCAAUCGACAAGCUUUUCACUCUGCACAACGCAAUUUUGCUGGAGUCACGAGUCAUCAAAGCUUUUCUUGUAUAUUCUAUCUUAAUCUUCACUCUAUACAUGUUUACAAGUACAAAACAAACCUACAACGUGAGACCCAGGCUAUAUAUGGGCUUAUGUGUGACGUUCUUGAUUGAAUUUAUAGUACUUCGAUAUGGAAAUGACAUUGAACAACAAGCAUGGAUUAUCAGCAUUAUUAGGUCAAUAUUCAUGCUUCUUGCAUCAUUCCAACUUCUGUAUGCGAUUUACACAUACAGAGACUACGAGACAUUGAACCAUCAGAUGCUACGAUCGCUAAUUGAGAAGGUUAACGGCAUGCAAGGAAAUAAACAAUUAUUAUGCGACGAUGAUAGUGAUGUGGACUGGUCUUUAUGGGUUGAUGAUGAUUUACCUGAAGAUGAAUUGGAAGACCUUGACUAUACGCUCCCAGAACACUUUGGAGAGGCUUCAAUCACCACUUCAGUUUCUAGAGAUUAUAAUCUUCGUAACCGUCGUCUAUAGC